AUGUGUGAAGAUAAGGAAGAGGCUAGAAGUGAGGCGGCGGCGGCGGUCACUCCCAAACGUCUUUGCUGGCCAAAGAAAUCCCCCGCCCCUUUACCCGACACGAGAGGGCUUUGCUGUGCUAAACUACUCAGAAAAAAUGGAAAGGCGAAAAAGGUGCUACUAUUUCCUGAAGAAGGCUGGGCCCGGAGUGCCUCAUCUUCCUACUGGACGCUGCAGCCCUGCUGGUGGCGACGAUCACGGUGCAAAGUCGUAGAAGUAGCGGGGACUAGAAGGCACAGCACUCACGCGCGAAUGGUAGUAAGCGGUGUCAACGCCGUAUACAUAGUUGGAACAUUUAAACAUUUGGGGAGCGAUGCCGAUUUUAAGUUAUAUCUAACAACGAACGUGACUCAAGCGGACUUCAAUAUGGGGUACACGAUGACGGGAACCCUCGAGCGCGGGAGUCGAUCCUCCAACACCUUCCAAGUGACUCACUUCGCUGUUUUAAGACGCUGUGACCAUGAAGCACACCAUUUAAAAUCAGCG